CAAACAUGGCGAAAAGAUAUCGCUGCUUUCUUUUAAAACCCAGAAAUAAGGACGCCUAACGCGGUUUCUGGGUCCACGCGUGAAUGGGAUGGUUUUUAUAACACAAUGGCGUCGGUCAGCCCUGGACGUUGUUUGGAAAACGCACUUUCGAGAGCGCAGAAAGCAAAAGAAGACGACGACAGUGAAUCCGCAUCAUCGAGUUUCAGCAGCUCCGACUACACAGAUGACCUGGAACCAGAAUGGCUGGACGACAUUCAGAAGAACGGGGAACUCUUCUACCUGGAGCUAAGUGAGAAGGAGGCCGAGGUCAUCACAGAGCAUACCAACACGCAGAGACGCAGCUCGCGGAGGAAAGGCGAGCCCGCUCUCAAGAAGCUUGCCAGGAUCCUAGGGAGGAAACGGCGUCCCUCUCAACGGAAAGGAGGCAAAGAUGGCGGCAGAGGCAAAUCGACCUCAUCACCUCCAGCUUCCAUCCUGAAGAACCAGCCGGGCCAGCAGCAGGGCGUGACGGUCCACCAUCAGCGCCGGCUGAAGGAAGCGUGUGUCUACCUGAACCCCAAACGCUUGGCGAGCUCGCCGACCCCUCUGUGUGACCGAGGAGGACUCCUGGAAGCGCUGCUUGGGGUGGUGCAUCGUCCUGCCUGGAUGGCAGGUCAGAAAGACCAAGGGGCGGUCCAAGAGGACGGGAGACUGACUGUACAUGGAUUAAUACCAAACAGCCCAGCUAUAAAAUGUGGUCAUAUUCUGAUCGGCGACGUACUCCUGGCAGUGGACGACGUUGACGUGACCUCUGAGAACAUCGAGAGGGUUCUGUCCUGCAUCCCGGGACCUACACAGGUGAAGCUGACAUUGGAAACGGUGGAUCUAGCAGAAAGCGGUGCUCCCACCGACUCCUCGGCGGCCCAGAAGAUGAAGGCCUCUCCGCCGGUGAGCCAACUGGUGCGCUUGUUGUGGGGGGAGGACACGGCUGAGCUCCAGAUGGCCAUAGGACACAUCCCACACAUCGUCAUGUACCUGUCGCUGAAGCUGGACUCAACGUCUCUGCAGGAGGAGGAGGAGAUCCUAUACCAGUACCCGACGUCUGAGGCGUCCAGCCAGCUGAAAGGAGUGAGAGGCAUCUUCCUCACGCUGUGUGACAUGCUGGAGAACGUCACAGGUGGCCAGAUCAUCAGCUCGUCCCUGUUGCUCGGGAAACAUCUGGUUCACGUCGGCUACUGGAAGGAGCGCGACAACCUGCUGGUCGUCGGCCUUCCUGCGGAGAGGGUUCCUCUGCUGGCUCUGCAGACGGUGGUUGGCAACGUGGUGCGGACUUUAAAACUGAUGUACGGCUCCUUGGACAGGGCAUUCUCCAAGGUGGACCACGCUCCCCGGUUGGACCAUUUCUUCUGCUUGUUCUUCCAGCAGCUCAUCCAGCCUUGGCGCCUGAGGGAGGGCUCCUCGCCGUCGCCGUCUCCCGAGGCGUCGGCGAGCCUCUUCCUGGACGGACUGCCGGCGGUCCGAUGGCUCACUUUGCCUCCUGAGAUUAAGAUGGAGGUGGAUACAGUCCUCUCUGAUUUCGAGUCCUCUGACUUUGGCGAAAUGUCAGAGGACUUCUUCGGCCUGAGGCGUCUCUACGUUAUACUCGGUUCCUGUUUGUUCUACAAGUCCUACCUGAUUGCCAACCAUCUGCCUAAGGAGGACCUGCUGGACGUGUGCCUCUACUGCCAGCACUUCUGCCUGCUGCCUCUGGCUGCAGAGCAGCGGGUGGGUCAGCUGGUGAUCUGGAGGGAAGUCUUCCCCCAGCAGAGAGCCGACGGAGGCGUCGGCACGGCGCCGGGCUUCAGGCCGCCUCAGGGACGACACUUCCUCCUCAUAGUGGGGCUGAGGCACUUCAUGCAGUGCGUCCUGCUGGAGGCGGGCGGCUGCGCGUCUCCGGCUCUGGGCUCUCCAGGACCCGAUUGUGUUUAUGUGGAUCAGGUGAAAGCCACUCUCCUGCAGCUGGAGGCGCUGGAGGCAGGGAUGGAGGAGCGGCUGAACGUCCCCUCUGCUCCCUGUCUGUCCUGCGCCGACUGGUUCCUCCCUGCCUCCACGGCCCGGGAUCGCCUCGACAGCCUGGCGUCCUCCUCCCCCGUCCUCAGCAAGCUGGCCGGAGCUAUACGAGGGUCCCCGUCCGGGUCUAGAGGGCGUGGCCUGUUCGGCGAGAAGUCCCGCAGGUCCAGCCCACAGAGGAGCUUGUCUGACAGCGGGAGUCAGGGUCGGAUGGACGCUGGGUCGGGGUCCGCUUCGUCGGGGGCUCCGGGCCUCAGUCCUCACUCCACCCCGGACUCAGCGAGAAGGCUCGGCGGGAGACGGGACUCUCUGGGGUCCGGGGGCUCUGAGGGGAGCGGAGGCAGCGGCGGUCUCUUUAAGACGCCCAGGAUGAAGCACCCGAACCCCUUCUACCUUGGCUCCCUGAGGAAGACCCUGACUGAGAGGGAGACAGAGGAAAUGUACAACACCAUAAAACUAACUUCAGGUACAGAGAACACCUUGUUUCACUACGUCCUGAUGGAGACGGUGCAGGGCAUCUUCAUCGCCCCCACUCACAGAGAAGUGGCUCAGCUCAGCGGCUCCAUCCACCCUCAGCUCAUACGCAACUUCCACCACUGCUGCCUCUCCAUACGCGCCGCCUUCCAGCAGAGCCUGCCGCCCAGGGGUCGCCGCGCCGCAGACCGGCCUCAGAGGUCCGGCUGGGGUCUGGGUCCGGUGAAGGAACACGGGGUUCUGUUUCAGUGCAAGCCGGAGAACUGGACCGACCAGAGGAAGCCCGCCCCCACCAUGACCUACUGGGUAAUAGGGCGGAUGCUGCUGGAGCCGGUUCCUCAGGAAUUUUAUGUGUGCUUCCACGACUCUGUGCCAGAGGUUCCUGUGGAGAUGGCCUUCAGGCUGUCCUUCGGUUUGGCUUUGUGAUGCACCGAGCCCGUUGGACCGCCCGCAGACACGGAGGAGGAGGACGUGAAAUCAAGACUUCCUGCGCAAUCUCAGGAAAACCAGACUCUUUCUGUUGUAUUGAAGCGGUUUCUGAUCCAACAGCGAAGAUUAUCUGCACCUACAAAAGCCUUUACUUUCCAAAUGCUUCUCCACAGAUAAGCAGCUCAACAUGACUGAGGAGUUUUUUUUUUCUGCUGGUAAAUGACAAGCAGACCUCAACUUUAAGCCAGAUUGCUUUAGUGCCUUUUUUAAAAAUCUCCAUGAUUUCAACGAGCGAUACCUCCUUUCCAGCGGCCAGCUGGCCUGAUGGUGAACUUUACAGACCUAGAGCGGUAAAAAGGAAACGAUGCUGCUGCUGCAUGGAUCCAUGUUUUCACUCUUUGUAUGCAAAGUACGAGACAUCUGUUAAUUUAAAUUUUGUACAGUUUUCUUUUCUAUAAAGAAUUGUUACAUAAACACUAUUUGACAUUAAAA